UGCAAGUACGGAGUCCACAGUCCAGAAUCGACUUUCAUCGAGAAUGGAGCGUUGGAUCGGCAAGAUAGCGAUAGUGACAGGUGCAAGCGCCGGGAUCGGCGAGGCGAUUGUCCGAGCAUUCGUCGGCGCUGGUAUCCAGGUCGUUGGUCUCGCGAGACGUGAGAACCGUAUUCAAGAGAUAGCGGACAGUCUCAAGGGAGCGAAGGGAAAAUUGUACGCGGUAAAAUGCGAUCUUCGCAAUGAGAACGAUAUAUUGAAAGCUUUCGAAUGGACCAACGAGAAACUCGGCGGAGUCGAUGUUUUGGUCAACAAUGCUGGUGUAGCAGUAACUUCGACGAUCGCUGAGGGAACAACAGAAGAUUAUCGUAAAAUACUCGAUGUAAACUUAUUGGCUGUCGCCAUUUGUACACGAGAAGCUAUAAAGUCUAUGAGAUCUCGAAAUACGGAGGGACAUAUAUUUUACCUGAAUAGUGUUUUGGGUUAUAACGCUACACUAACGAGCUUACCGACAGGCCUUUAUCCUGCAGGCAAAUUUGCUCUGCGAGGACUCAUUGACAACGUGAGACAAGAAAUCGAAAGGACGGCUGAUAACAUCAGAACAACCAGCAUCAUUCCGGGAUUGGUGAGGACAGAAAUUUUCAAUGCUGCUGGUGGCAGUGAUGUGAUUUUCGAUCGCAUGCCAUCCAUCCAGGCCAAAGAUAUCGCUGAUGGGGUUAUGUACGCCUUAUCCGCUGCUCCAUUCGUUCGCGUCGAUGAAGUGAAAAUAACUCCACUGCGCCAAUGGACCGUAUCCUGGUAUUUAAUUCUUGAUAAGAUGGAGCGCUGGUCGGGAAAAGUUGCGAUCGUAACGGGAGCGAGUAGCGGCAUUGGGGCUGCGAUAACGGAAGAGCUCGUUAAACAUGGCGUCAAAGUCGUCGGGGCUGCGAGACGAUUGCAGAAAGUUCGAGAUCUUGCUGCCAAAUUAAAAGGCCAAAAAGGCUCUGUUUAUGCUAUCGAAUGUGAUGUUAAGAAAGAGCAGGACAUUCUCAAAGUUUUUAAAUGGGUGGAAAAGGAACUUGGUGGUGUUGAUAUCGUCAUCAAUAAUGCUGGAGUUUACAUCCGUGAAAACAUCAUGGACGCUUCUACGGAAAGCUAUCGACACGUUAUGGACACGAACUUACUUGCCCCAGCGAUAUUCGCGAGGGAAGCGAUUCGUUCCAUGAAAAAGCGCAAGUCUGCUGGGCACAUAAUCACUAUCGGAAGCAUCGGUGGACACAAUCCUGAAGGUGUCACAGUUCCAUGCAAUCUUUACGUUGCCAGCAAGUGUGCGGUGGUUGGCAUGUGUCACACUUUGCGAAAUGAGAUAGGAGCGGCAAGAUUAAACAUCAAAAUAACGUCCCUUAGCCCCGGAGCGGUAAAGACCGACAUGAUACUUGAUGUUGGUUUCACUCUGGAGCUGAUGGAACGAUUGCCCAUACUCACUCCGGAAGAGAUUGCUAGCGCGGUUAUCUUCGCUUUGUCUACUCCACCGAAUGUACAGGUGAAGGAACUCAUAGUAGAGCCCCUGGCACCACUUCAUGCAUUGCUUGCCGAUUAACCGGCUGCAAACGGACGCUGCCGUCGAAGAUGAAACAAUACUUUUGUUUUAGAUAUUGUAGCAAUGGGUGACGAUUAAAUGAACGGUACCGGUUAAUUUUGGUGUAGAAGUAUGGAAAGCAACAAAUAAAAAACGUGACGAAACCAA